AUAAAACCUAGAACAGACUUUCGUUUCAAAAUCAAGUCAUUGCAUUAAAUGGAAAACUUAACUUCCAAAAUUUUUUCCAAGUUCUCACUUGGAAGCAAAGCAACUCAAUCAGAUUCCAAGGUGGUUAAAGGUACCCCCGAUGUUAUCGCACAGUAUGUCUACCAGGAUAUUUUGUUCUUGAAGAAUGAAAUCAAGAAGUAUAAUGAGUUGACGGGUAUUUUUACCACCAACACGUUCUAUUAUAAAGUCUUCAAAAUAUUAGAAGCCGAGCAUGUUCAAGAGUUGCAUAAGUUGAAACAGAAGUUUGAAUAUGAGAGUAAGAAUCCUUCAUUUCAGCGGCAAUUGUUAGAAAUGUACAAAAGAAACUUACAGGAUUAUUCGAACUUGAUGGAGAUCAUGAAGAAUAAUUACAAUCAUGGGAUCUACGAGUCAAACAUUGUCAAUUACAGGUUGGGAUCUCUGUUAUCAGAUGUAUCUUCCACCAACGACAUUUCGAGUAACAGAAAUUCAGUCUUUUCGAGCAACGUGGAUAGGACCUACCAUGACGAUUUGGUAGAGACAACACUUUCAAACAAAGAAAUUGCUGACCAGAUUACAACAGAUGCACCGGAUACGCUACUUGAUCCCAUUUCGUUCAACUUGUUUAGUGAUCCAGUGAUUACACCUAGUGGAAUAACUUAUGAAAAGUUACACUUGGUAGAGCAUUUACAAAAAAAGGGAAAAUUUGAUCCAUUGACUAGAGCUCCAUUAACAGAAAGCCAGUUGUAUCCAAAUUUAUUGGUCAAGGAUGCGGUCGAGGAUUAUAUCAGUUCAAAACAAGUAUCUUUCGGCAGUCAGAGAUUAUAAUAUCCUCAUUUUCCUUCGCAUUAUAUAGAAAUUCACGAACAGCAUGCAAAAC